AUGCUACGACCUUAUCCAAUUAUUUUCGUUCUUCUCAUAACAUAAACAUUGUCAAAUGAUAAUAGUGAUAGUGAUAUUCUCGAAUUCACUACCACUCGAAAUCAAAUAUGUUAAGACAUUGAAAAUUGUAAAAACUGAAUAUCAUCAUCAUCUAGUUGAUAUCACAAAUUCAGAAAGAUAAUCUAUUUUUGAUUCCAUAUAUUCCGAGUAAAAUUAAGAUCUCUCAAGUCAAGUAGAAAAGUGGAUUAAUAACACCUACAAAAUAUCUUCUGGUGAUUAUUUUAUAGAUCUCUAAAAUUAUACACUUCCUUGGUUGAUUGUUGCUAUUUCAACUCUAUUUAUAUCAUUCCUCUACAUAUUAGUAGCAAUUAUGCCAAGGUAAAUUAAUAUUAUAUGAUAGUUCAAUAAUUAAAUGGAUUAAAACUCAUACAGAAGAUGAAUUCAUUUUAAAUAAUAGAAGAUUUCAUAAGUUUGGAAUAGUAACCAUUUUUAUAUUGAAUUUAAUCCUAAUAAUUGCUUCCAUUAUUACAAUUGUAAUCUUUAUUCAUAUAUUUUAGAUCUCUUCAAACAAAGCUAUAGAUGGUUUAACUUAUUCCAAUUGUUAUAUAGCUUCAUCUUUUGACAAUUUACUAUCAAGAAAUGAUGAUAACUUUACAGGAUACAGUAUUUUAUAAACUGAUUUCAAUUAAUUGUCAAAUGAUUUUAUUGAUUUCUAAUCUGGAUUGAAAAAACUAUAUCAAAAUAGAGUAUCCAUUAAUCUAUAAUCAAUAUAAUAAGAAGUUAUAGAAUUUAAUGAUUAGUACAUUUUCCAUUUAAUAAUAGACUUAAGAGAAAUCGCCCUAAUUCUCCUCUUCCUAUUAAAUUAUCCUCGAAUGGAACUAAUACCAUCUCAGCUACAGAGUCAUAUUUCUCGAAAAUGAAAAUUGUAUAAUUUUAUGAUAUAUUUAAUUUAUAGAUAGAUUACUUAUUGUCAACAAAGGAUGAUGAAAAUUAUCUAACAUAUUAAUAAUAUUAUAAUCUAAUAAAAGAAGAAGAAAAUACAAUGCAUCUAAUAAAUCAAGUAAAUGAGAUUUAAGACUAUUAUGGUAAUAUAUUCUUAAGAUUUGGAUCUUUAGAGAAUUCAUCAUUUACUCUUAGAGAUUCCAAAUUAACAUCAUUAUUUACUAAAGCUAAAUAAUAGAUAUCAUCCAUCAAUAAUUAUAUUUUAAAUUAUGCAGAAAUAUUUACUGAUUUUCAUCAAAGUUUAAAUGAUGAUAUGAAUUACUAAAUCAAAUCAAUUAAUGGUUUAUUAAUAAUCUUAAUGAUUUUCAAUAUCAUUUAAAUCAUAUUAUGGUUAGGAUUCUUGAUAAAUAAACGUCUCAAAAUUAGAAAAUAUAUUGAUAUCCUCUGGUUUUUAUGUAAUCUUAUACUGGCUGGAAUAUCAAUUGUUAAUUUCUUCCUAUAUACCAAUUCCUAAAUAUCCAAAGAAUUAUGUAUAUACUUUGAUGGCUUUAUUAAUAAUGAAUAAUUCUAUGAAAAUCAAAAAAUUAUCCAAUUCCCAGAAACAAAAGAAGCAAUUCAAUCUUGUCUAUAUGGUGAUGGAAACAUAUAUAAUUAAUUAAAUUUGAUUUCAAGAUACAAAGAUAUCAAAACAUUUAUCAAUAGUGAAAAUGAAAUCUAAAAAGAAAUACAAAGACUUAAUUCCAAUUAGGCUUUUUAUUUAUAAACAUUGAAUAAUAAUUCUAAUACUAUUUCCUAAAUUGUAGAUGGCACUUUCAUAGAUUUAAAUUCAACAUAGAAAGAAGAAUUUAAAAAAAUGAUUGAUGAAUUUAAUUCAUUUAAAAAUAUUGAAAAUUGUGCAGAAUUAUCAGUCACAAUAUGUUCAGAUUAAUCAUAUCCAAAAAGAAAUGGAGAUUUAAAUGAUUCAUAAAAAUGUUGGCAUCCAUCUUAUUUAAUUACAGCAAUUUCAGCAUCAUGUUGGGAUUAAUAGGAUUUAUUUUAAUAAUUAAAAGUACAUUACUAAAUAUAGGCUUAAGGAUGGAUUAAAAUGUAAUUAUUAGAAUCAUAAUUUGUUUCAUAAAAUUUAGAUUUAAAUUUGAAAUUAAAUCAAUAUAUUUAAAAUCAUUCAGAUUUUAUUGAUGAAUAUCAAAAAACAUUCUCUAAUUUUAAUAGUCUACUUAAAUCUACAAAUUGUACAUUUAUUAAAGUAAAUUAUUGAUAAUUAUAAUUUAGGAAGAUUUUAAUAAGAUGUUGGAUGGAAUGUGUGUCAUCUAUUAAUAUUAACUUAGUAAAAUUUCAAUUCUUUUGAUUAUUAUCCUCUCUGCACUAUUCCUUUCAAUAUUCUUUAAUUGUCUCACUUCAUUAAAAGUAUCCCAAAUGGAAACAUAUCAAGAAUAUGCUUCAACCAAAGUUAUUAAUUUUGCUGGAUCAAGUAGACUUAGAGCAUCAAUUGAAAUUAAUUAAAUAAUGCAAAAUGAAAGUCCAAUGCAUAUAUAUAGUACAUAAUAAGAAUUCAAAUGA